AUGAGGGUGGGGAGGGGGGGGGAGGGGGAUACUCCGGAGGAAGAGGGACACUGGGACGCUCGUAACGAGUCUCUCCAGGUCCCUCGUCGCAAUGGGGCUCUCGGACGACCGGAUCGCCAUGGGACGAAGGCUCGCCGUGUGCCAGCGAGGGAUCAGCGGAAAGCUUCGCUAACGCGGCGGGAUAAAGGCGAGAGCUCCUGGCGAGAGCGGCCGCCUGCUGAAACGUACGAAAAACAGGCGGUAUCCAUCAUUCCAGCCAGCCAGCCAGCCAGCCAGCCUGCCUGGGCGACGGCCACUUCGACGACGACGACGGCGACGACGACGACGACGACGACGACGGCGACGAUGUCAAGAAAGAAGAGGAGAGAGGAGGAGAACCUAAAGGAGGAAAAAGCGAUGGCGGUACCGAGAUGA